UCUUGUUUUAGGAAAAAGAGAAGCCUGCCUGUUAUAGUUAUGGGCACAAGUUACAAUUUUCUCUUUGCUCUUGUAGCUUUCAUUCUAUUACAUGACCAUACUUCAUUGGCAACUGCUCCCAAUAUCAGCACUGAUGAAGCUGCUCUUCUAGCCUUGAAAUCUCAUAUUUCUUCUUCUGAUCCUAACAACAUCUUAGCAACUAACUGGUCUUCGUUUAGCCCGGUUUGCAGCUGGAUUGGAAUCACUUGCAGCUCGCGCAACCAUAGAGUUGCAGCUUUAGACAUUUCAAGCAUGCAACUUUAUGGUACUAUUCCGCCACACCUUGGAAACCUCUCAUUUCUUGUUUCCCUCGACAUCAGUAACAACACUUUCUAUGGAGAGUUGCCAGAAGAGUUGUCUCAUUUGCAUUAAUGUCACAAGCGAUAACUUUACUGGUACCGUUCCAUCAUUUAUUAGUUUGUUAACCAACCUUCACAUUAUGCGCCUUUCCUUCAACCAGUUUUCUGGAGAAAUCCCAUCUUCCAUUUCCAAUCUAACAAAGCUGCAAAUGUUGAGAAUAAGGGGAAAUUAUCUAGUAGGAGAGAUUCCUCGAGAACUAGGUCAUCUUGGUGGCAUGACUUUAUUAGACCUACAAAAUAACCGGCUUAUUGGCUCCAUACCACCAUCAAUCUUUAACAUUACGACAAUGCAAAAACUUGCUCUUACCAACAAUAGUCUAACUGGUACGCUUCCAAUAACUAUAUGUGACCAUCUUCCAAACUUGGAAGGGCUUUACCUCUCAGGCAACAACCUAGAUGGUGUUAUUCCACCAACAUUAGAAAAAUGCAGGAAGCUUCAAUUCAUGUUAUUGUCCGUCAAUCAGUUUAUUGGAACUCUACCAAGAGAGCUAGCUAACUUGACAGCACUUACAGUAUUAGAUCUUCGAGACCUGCACUUAAAAGGAGAGAUACCAGCGGAGCUAGGUAAUCUUAGGAAACUCAAGGCACUGUCAUUAUACAAUAAUGUGUUUACUGGUCCCGUACCUGAUAGCAUUUUCAACAUGUCAGAACUGCAGAUCAUAGGACUUGGAGAAAACAGGUUUUCAGGUACUCUAACUUCAGAUUUAGGCCGUCGACUGCCCAACCUGGAAAAGUUUUCUUGUUCAGGUAAUCGUUUGAGCGGUUUUAUCUCGUCUUCAAUCUCAAAUUCUUCAAGACUCACAGGACUUGAUAUCUCAUGGAAUAGUUUCACAGAUCCAAUUCCUGAAUCACUUGGUAACUUAGAAUAUCUUGAGAUUUUACACUUGGGGAGUAAUAAUUUUUUCAGUGACUCAGCAUUGAGCUUCCUUACAUCACUCACAAACUGUAGGAAACUAAGAGUAGUCAAAUUUGUGUUGGGAUCGAAAUAACAUGAUGCAUGCGGAAGCUAGCUAACAAUGCUUGGUGGACAAUAAAUCAGACGACAAAAGAAAAAUAUACUAAACUAAGCAUAAAGUUUAUAAUAGUUUGAUCAAUCGAUCUACAUAUGAUAAAACUAAUAUAAAAGAAGAAAAACUAUAAAGAGAAAAAUCUCCCGCUAAACAAAACUCUUUAAUGACUACAUUGUGGAUAUUUUUUUGUGCUCUUGUGAGAAGUAGAGAUCCUUAAUUUAUAGAUGUGCAAAACUUGUCUUCCAAGAAAAGGAUAAGACAUAUUAAGGAGAUUUAAUCCUUUUAGGAAUCUUUUUCCAUUCCUUCAAGAAAGAGAGUCCUAAUAGAUUAGAAAUUUAGGAGAAAUCCUAACAAUUUGAUCUAAAUCCGUUGGACGGUGUUUUUCCUGCAUCAGUUGGAAAUUUUCUGCUAUGCAAAUUUUUGAAGGACAGGGUUGUAAACUGAAGGGCAUCAUUCCGGAAGAAAUUGGUAAUCUUACUGGAAUGACAAUGAUGAGUCUGCAAAACAAUGAGUUGGCUGGACAUAUUCCAAAUACUAUCCAAAGAAUGUUGAACCUUCAAGAACUUUACCUGCAAAGCAACAAGAUAGAAGGACCGAUACCAGAUAGUAUCUGCAAUUUAAAGAGUCUUGGUGCAUUAGACUUAUCAGGAAAUCAUUUUUCUAGUUCAGUGCCACCAUGCUUAGGAAGUGUUACCAGUUUGAGGAAACUUUAUCUAGCUAACAACAGGUUGAAUUCAAGAUUACCUGCAAGCUUAGGGAGCCUUCAAGAUCUCAUAGAAUUCAAUGUUUCGUCCAAUUUAUUCAGUGGGCAAAUUCCUCUAGAGAUUGGAAAUUUAAAGGCUGCAACACUCAUUGAUCUGUCAAAAAAUGAUUUUUCUGGUAAGAUCUCCAACAUCUUAGGGUUCCUUGAUAAAGUGAUCAAACUUUCUCUAGCACAUAAUAGAUUACAGGGGCCUAUCCCGGAUUCAUUUGGCAAAAUGCUGGCCUUGGAAUUCUUGGAUUUGUACAAUAACAAUCUUAGUGGUGAAAUUCCAAAGUCAUUAGAAGCUCUUGUGUAUCUGAAAUACUUGAAUUUCUCAUUUAAUAAACUCAGUGGAGAGAUUCCCACUGGAGGUCCUUUUGCAAAUCUCACAAGUCAGUCUUUCUUGUCCAAUAAUGCUCUCUGUGGUGAUUCUAAGUUUCAUGUGUCACCGUGUGUCAUCAAAUCUACCAAGAGGUCAAAGAGGAAGAAGACAAUCUUGGUUUUGUAUGUCCCUUUGGGAAUGGGCCUGCUUUUUCUUGCAUUAGCCCUUGCAUAUGUAUUUUUAAGAUUGCGAAAGAAAAAGAAGAAUGCAGGUCAAGCAGAUGUGUCUCUGGUAAAAGGGCAUGAAAGAAUUUCCUAUUAUGAACUUGAACAAGCAACAGAAGGAUUCAGUGAAAGCAACUUGCUUGGUAGUGGGAGUUUCAGCAUGGUCUAUAAAGGGAUACUUAAGGAUGGUACUCCUUUGGCAGCAAAGGUUUUCAAUGUGCAAUUAGAGGGUGCAUUCAAAAGUUUUGACACAGAAUGUGAGAUGCUAAGAAACCUCCGCCAUCGAAAUCUUACUAAAGUCAUCACUAGUUGCUCCAACCUUGAUUUCAGAGCUUUAUUAUUGGAAUACAUGCCGAAUGGGACACUUGAAAAAUGGCUAUACUCUCAUAACUUUUUCUUAGACUUGUUGCAGAGGUUAGAUAUAAUGAUAGAUGUUGCAUCUGCAAUGGACUAUCUCCAUAGUGGCUAUUCAACACCAGUGGUGCAUUGUGACUUGAAGCCAAGCAAUAUCUUGCUAGAUCAAGAUAUGGUUAGCCAUGUCAGUGAUUUUGGCAUUGCAAAAUUGUUAGGCGCAGGGGAGGCUUUUGUUCAAACUAGGACAAUUGCAACCAUUGGAUACAUUGCUCCAGACUAUGGCCAAGAUGGAAUAGUAUCCACAAGCUGCGAUGUUUAUAGUUUUGGCAUCCUGAUGAUGGAGACGUUUACAAGAAUGCAACCAAGUGAUGAAAGAUUUACUGGGGACUUGAGCCUACGACGUUGGGUUGGCCGUUGGUGAUUCUUUUCCAAGUGGAAUUUAUAAGGUGGUGGAUGCUAAUUUAGUGCAGGCAGGGGAUGAAAAAACCAACACAAAGAUGCAGUGUAUUUUAUCUAUCAUGGAAUUAGCUUUGAGCUGCACUGUAGUGAUACCUGAUGCAAGAAUCAAUAUGGAUGAUCCUCUUUCAACACUCAAAAAGAUCAAGCUCCAGUUUGUCAAUAUUCGCCACUAGGUGGAAUUAGACCAUCGGCUCAGGAUUGAUGCUUGAUUCCCUAUGUUAUGUGCACUACUUAAGAUGAAUACAGUAUUACACUUCUGCUUGUAUGUCCUCUCUUUUGCUUUCAGAACAUCUCAGAUUUUGUUCUUUCCCAAUGACCCACCAUAUGCCAGCUGGAAGGGAGCUUCAGAUUUUCUUCCUACCUUUUCCAACUGCUAGAGUUUACAUUAAUCUAAUUAUACUCCAUCAUUUUCUCCUCUCUUUCAGAAAAAGACUGAAUAAACU